GCAUGUCGCGGAGAACGUCAACCUGCGGGGAGCUUCGAGCCAGCGCGAGCCCGCUACCUUCACAGAGUGAUCGUUCUCCGCGAUUUCCAGGUCUUCAAGACUGCCUGUGGCACCAUCACCCAAAUGACUAGCGACGUCAUUGAAGACGCCAAAGUCAUAGAGGUUUGCUCAUACCGAGCACACUUCUCCAUCUACCCCUUCGACAUCCCGGAGACUGUCAUCCUGCCCGGGGGAGAAGGGCGGUUCAAGCCAACCCGAGUCUGCGACCAUCAAGAGAGUGGACGAAGGAAGAUCACCAUCGUUCCAUGCGCCGAUUCAUCAAAACGCAUCCAACGAAUCACGAUGUAA